CCCGUGCGAGGGGGGGGGGCCCUGAACGUGAAUCGCACGCACCUUCAUCCGGCAACAGCGCGCACAUCAUCCGCCGCACUCUCCACCGCUCUCCCGGCCGCGUCUCUCUCCGCUCUCUCCUCCUCCUCCACUCCGUCCCCUCUCUGGACCGACCUCCUCCCGUCCCGUCCCUCCGUCCCGUCCGUCCGUCCUCACGGCCAUGAGCACGUGGAGUGACUGCGCCGAGCGCUGGGCGCUGGACGCGGCCGCGCUGCUGCUGGCCUGCGUGGCCGCCCCGCUGCUGCUGGUGGCGCUGCCCGCACUGCGCCUCCGCAUCCCCUACGGCCGCUACGCCUCCCGCAGCUGGGGGCCCGGGCUGCCCCCGCGCCUCGCCUGGGUCGUGCAGGAGCUGCCCGCGCUCGCCGUGCCCGCAUGGCUCAUCUGCGGGGAGUCGAACCCGGGAGAUGUUUACCCGGGAGGCCCGGUCGUGCCCUGGCCCAACCGCGUGCUGCUCGCCAUGUUCAUCGGCCACUACUUUCAUCGGGCGCUCAUCUACCCCUUCCUCCUCCGCGGAGGGAAACCCAUGCCGUGCGUGCCCUUCCUCCUCGCCCUGGCGUUUUGCACCUUCAAUGGCUACUUGCAGGGCCGCACGCUGCUCACGUGCACCCGCUACCCCGACGGCUGGCUCUAUGACGCCCGCUUCGUCGCAGGGGCAGUGCUCUGGCUUGCUGGUUUGCUGAUAAACCUGCACUCGGACCACAUUUUGCGGAAUCUACGCAAGCCCGGUGAAACGGGCUACAAGAUCCCACGCGGGGGAAUGUUUGAGUUCGUGUCGGGAGCAAACUUCUUUGGGGAGAUGGUGGAGUGGCUGGGCUUUGCUAUCGCGUGCUGCACCCUGCAGGCCUGGGCUUUCUCUGUGUUCAGCAUCACGGUCAUCGGGCCACGCUCCGUUCACCACCACAAAUGGUAUCUGGAAAAGUUUGAAGACUACCCCAAGAAAAGAAAAGCUGUCAUUCCAUUCCUAUAUUAAAUGCAAAUUAAACAAAUUGAACGUGGGUUGGGUGCUUGGCCUGUGCAGAAUAAAAUGUGUGCUGCCUGUUGCACAUUUAAUCAUCUGCUUGCAUUUCCUGAAAUGAACAGGGGAGUUCAUGGUCGAAGCACUACUCCUUAUGGACAAUAGUUUUUUACGUCACUGUCAUUGCUAUAUGAGAUUUGCGAAAAUUUUUUUACUUUUUUUGCGGCCGUUCUAAUUGGAGGUGGCGUAUUUGAGCUUCCUAUUCAGGCUCUUUCCCUUCCUUUUCAGGCCCCACCCCUCUUUCUUUAGGCCUCGAGAAGCCCCCACCUCUUUCCUCUCUGCCCCCCCACCUGCCUUCAGCCUUUAACCCUCAUCAUGUCUUCCCGAUUAGAUUGGAAACGAAUUUCUUUAAGAACUCCCUUGCGUGUUUAGUUUUGUUGUCCUUCCCCCGCACCUCCGAUUGGCACUGUUGGCUACGUAGGGUGCGAAACAAGUUGUAUAUACGGUACAUAGAUCAUGCCCAAAUGUCUCUUCCUGUUUCAGCUGUGCCUUUCCUUUUUAGGCCCUGCCCCUUCAUCUUAUGCCCUGCCUCUUUCUGGUUAAGCCCCACCCCUUCCCCCAGAAACAGUAAGUGGGGGGGGGCUACACUGAGCAGUGGAAGUGGGGACAGCAGAAGUGGGUGUUGCAGCAGUACAAUGAUGACCAAAAUACCCCUUAGCGCAGCAAGAUAAUAAUGAUGUUGUUUUAGUCCCGCAAGGAGUUUCUGCAGAACCACUAUCGGUCACGUGUCCGUGUUAUAUCGCAUAAGGUUCUGCGACUGCAUGGCCUAGAACAUACGAUUUUUAUUAAAUGAUUGCUAAUGUCCAUAUGCUUUUCAGAAAAUGUAACUGCAAGCACUAAAAUACUGUAGUAUUUAAAAAAAAAUCUUUGCAUAAAGUUACUCCCACGUCACUGAAAUCGACAUGGAGGGUCAUAUCGCAUGAUCUCACAGUGUGUUCAGCAAUCCGAGUGCACUAGACAGCGGUUACCAUCCACCAAACCUCCAAGCUCAGGAACAUGCUUUUAACCGUCUUUGUAUAAUUUUAGUUUUUGAAACGAAUAUACUGUAUAGCAUUAGUUUGAUCAAAUAUUUGUGUCAUGGCCGAGUAAUUAUGAACUAUAUUAUUUAUCUGUAAUGGAGCCUCAAUACUAAACGGUGGCUCUGACUAAAUACCUGGUAUCGUUGAGUGGAGUUGGGGUCUCGUUCCUUGCUUCCCAAUGUUCUACGUCCUCACGUGGCCUUCUUACGUCAACGUGACCCUUGCUAGCAUCGGUGGCAACAUAGCGCUCCCUUCCAAAGUUUUUGAAGUCAAUCGUGGCUAUUGAAAUGACUUGACUGGAUACCCCCGAUAGCGCCAGACCUCGGAAGCGAAAUAUGGUUACGUUUGGAUAGUGCUUAGAUGGGGUGACCACCAAAUAGAAUAACAGGUGUCAGGCUAUGCUGUGGGCAGUGCAACCAAGUCCAUAGGACAAGGUGACACUGUUUGGAGGCUUUCAUCCAGCAGUGGAUUGAUCGCAGCUCAUGGUGAUCAUUAUCACCUGCAAGGAUUACUAUUUAAUGGCAUAACACACCUUUGCUAAAAGCCAAACGCAUGAAAUAUAUUUUUAUUCACGUAAAAAAAGAAACAUUUUAAAAAUUAUUUCUAAAAUAGGAUUUUACAUGAACUUUCGAUACAAGACUGACAUUUUAUAGAAACAAUUUUAAUGUAGACGUUGGCUUUCACGUCAAAAUAAAGUGCACAUCACAGCACGUGCUAUUUCAGUGCAUGACAAUAUGUGCAUUCGCGUUUGUUUCCAUGUAGAAAUCAGUUCAUAUAUAUAGCACGUGCUCACAUCAUCACAAGCAACGAGGGACACCUCAAAUCGUGAACGCUUCCCCGGGGUUCUGUUGUGGUACCGAUACUCAAAAUGAUCAUGUAUUGGAUGUAAUGAUGUUUAAACCAAUAUACAAAAAUAUUCCUGAAUUCUGAAAUGUUACAUUUGUUACGUUCCCUGAUGGUAAAUGUAUUAUAUCGGUCGUGUGACCAGAUUCAAAUAUAAUAAUUUACACCCCU